CCGGGCCUUUGCUUAGUCGUAGUCGAGUUUGGCACAUUGACAGUCAGCCGAGAAGGAAGAAUACUGAGAAUAUAGAGAGGGAAUUAGGGUUUCCGAGAAAGAGCCGUAGACGCUUCUCAGCACCUGAUCGAUCAAUUGCGCUUCUUCCAUUUCUAAGGAUUAAUACUUUAUUUCGUCGAAAAAUCGGUAAUUUGAUUAAAGAAUCGCCAAAUUAGAUGGAGGACUGGGAAGAUGAGAAAGCCCCAACUCUCCUUUCUAAGGACCAACCAGUACAUAAAUGGGAUGAUGAAGAUUUGGAUGAAAAUGAUAUUACCGAGUCAUGGGAGGAUUUAGAUGAACCUGCUCCUUUGGAACCUGCAACAAAGCCUGUUUCUGAGAAGGCACCUAAGAAACCUGCAACAAAACCUGCUGAAAAAGCUACAGAAAAGAAAGGGAAAACCGUUCAAGUAGAAAAGGAAGAGCCACUGGAUCCUGUGUCUGAGAAACUUCGCCAACAAAGGCUGGUGGAAGAAGCAGAUUAUAAGUCCACUAAAGAAUUGUUUUCCAGCGGAGGCAAUUAUAAAACCCUAGACAAUUUCAUUCCUAAAUCUGAAAGUGACUUCCUGGAAUAUGCAGAACUAAUUUCACAUAAACUUCGUCCAUUUGAGAAAAGUUUCCAUUAUAUUGGUCUACUCAAGGCAGUAAUGAGACUGUCAAUGACUUCAUUGAAAGGAGCAGAUGCAAAAGAAGUUUCAUCUUCGAUUACAGCAAUUGCAAAUGAGAAAAUAAAAGCAGAGAAGGAAGCAAAUGCUGGUAAAAAGAAGACAGGCUCCAAGAAAAAGCAGCUACUUGUUGAUAAGCCGAAUGAUGAUAUAGCUGUUGAUGGCUAUGGUCCGCUUGAUGACUAUGAUUUUAUGUGAGUGCUUCGAUGUAGCAAGUUUUCAUCAGAAUGCAGUAAAGAACCAUGUAUUUUCAACAUUGAAGUAGGGAGAGAUUCCUCCGGCGGCGCUCUGAAGAGAGUGAUUGAUACAAAGUGUGAUGUAUUUUGUCAAAUAAGAGGUUUUCGGAUUGCCCUUUUUUAUUUUAUAUGAUGGUCAAUUUUGUCGGUUACAGAUGCUACAUGCUCAUGGGAGUCAUUGGCUUGUCAAAUAUAUGGCUACACUUACAAUGACAUUUUUUUUAAGUGUAAUGGUAAUCCAAAUCUUGUAAGUCGUAUAGGGGGAUACGCGCAAACGAAUGAUAAAACAUGAAUGUCUAGAUGAAAGUUUUGAA